GAAGACAGACUGAUUUCUUUUGUGGAAUCUCUGAACACGACUGAACCAAUGGCUCUCUCCUGGGUUUUGUGGAUUUUCCAAGACACCCCAGUUCUAGUAUACUAAGAUCCAUCGAGACUUGUUUACUCCAUCGAUUCUCAUCGAGAAUUGAUAGCAAAAUUCAUCUGGGUUGAUUUCAGGAUCACAAAUUGAUCACUCUGUUACUUGAUUUUGUCGUUCUGAAUGGCCAUGGACGACGGAGAACUUGACUUUUCAAACCAAGAUGUAUUUUCGAGUCCAAAUAUGGCGGACCUUCCUAGCAGUUGCUCUAUGGAUAGCUUUUUUGAUGAAAUUCUGAAGGAUACUCAUGCUUGCACUCAUACUCAUACAUGUAAUCCACCCGGGCCUGAUUUUUCACAUACACACACUUGUUUUCAUGUUCACACCAAAAUCGUACCGGCUCCAGCUGAGGACAACAUAGCGACGGAUGAUACAGCAGAGUCUGCAGAGAAGAAGUCGAAGAAACGCCCAUUGGGCAAUAGGGAAGCAGUUCGAAAGUAUCGGGAGAAGAAGAAGGCCCGGGCCGCAUCCUUGGAGGAUGAGGUUGUGAGAUUGAGGGGUCUGAAUCAGCAGUUGUUGAAGAGGUUGCAGGGGCAGGCUGCAUUGGAGGCAGAGGUUGCAAGGCUCAAGUGCUUGCUUGUGGAUAUCAGGGGAAGGAUUGAAGGAGAGAUUGGAUCAUUUCCUUAUCAGAAAUCAGCCAAGAGUGGGGACGGAUAUCCAAACAUGGUCAAUCAAAGCUUGUCUGGGGCUUUUGUGAUGAAUCCAUGUAACCUGCAGUGUGAUGAUCAGGUUUAUUGCCUUCAUCCAGGGCUGGAAGCCAAAAAUGGGGAAGCUGCAGGUUUAAAUGGUCAAGGAUUUAACGGUUGUGAUUUUGAGAAUAUACCGUGUGUGGGGAAUCCAAGCGCUGCACUAAAGGAGCUUCCUGGUUGUGGAGUUGGGAAUGGGAUAACCACCAAUUCUUCCAUCCCAAAUAAGAGAAGGAGAGGAUCGGGCAGCAACAGCUAGUUGAAAAGCAAAAAAUAUGGAUGUCUUCUUAUCUUGAGGCUGUAUAUUGCCUUCCAAUAAGUAGUUUGAUGGAACUGCAGUGUCACCUUCCCCUUAGGUAGGUCUUUUUGUGUUAUUUCAUUUGUUCUUCUUAUUCUCUUUCUUAUGGCAGUUGUUGACUUCUCUAUUUGGAUUUGAGCUCCACGCUAUAUGGAUGUGCUCCUGUUGUAGUUUGUUACUUUGUUUUGUUAUGGUCUUUAGUCCUUGUUUAGUGGAAUGUUCUGUAAAGUGGAAAGUGGAAAGUUUAAUGGGUAUGUAGCUAGAGGACUAAUGACCAGAGACCAACCUGUUGGUUUUCUAUGAUGCCCAAAUUCCUUUUCAAUCUCAGCCUUCUUAAACCUUACAAUGGCAUAUAAUUGUCUGAUGUAUCAGUUUGCUGUGUCUCUCUUGGAUUUUUCAGUUCUUAAAUCAGUUUUUCUUUC